AUGACCACCAAGAUCAACGUUUUCAUCACCGGCGCGACAGGCUACCUUGGAGGCUCUGUCCUUCAACGCUUACUCGCACAUCCCGAAAGGACCUCAUUUAGUAUCACCGCCCUGGUGCGCAACGUCGAGAAGGCCAAGCUACUUGAGGAAUUCUGUGUGAAGACCACGAUCGGCUCCUACUCCGACUUGGACAAGUUGGAGGCUGCAGCGUCCACCGCUGACGUCUUUUUCGCCAUUGCCAACUGUGAUGACCUCCCCGCUGCGAAGGCUAUUCUCCAAGGUCUGAAGAAAAGACACGCGGAGACCGGGAAGCAACCCAUCCUAAUUCAUACUUCAGGAUCAGCCAUUAUAAUUGACAACGCACAGGGCAAAUACGCCAGUGACAACGCUUACUCCGACAUGGACAUACCCAGGAUCGAAGCUCUGGAUCCCGCGCAACCGCACAGAAACGUCGACAUCGCCAUCGUAGAAGCCAGCAAGGAAGGAUACGCGCGGACGCAUAUCGUCGUCCCGCCCACCAUCUUUGGGCGCGCCUCCGGGCCUCUGUUCGAGAAGGGCAUCUGCAACCCGGGCUCGAUCCAGAUCCCCUCCCUCAUCCAGGUAGCGUGGCACCGCAAGGCCAGCGGGCUGAUGGGCGAGGGAAAGAAUCUCUGGUCACUCGUCUCCGUCGACGAUGUCGCGGACUUGUACAUCGUCCUGUUUGACGCGGCGCGCAAGGACGAGAAGACCGCGCACGGCCGCGAGGGCUUCUACUUUGCGGAGAACGGGUACUACCAGUUCUACGAAGCCGCCAAGGCUAUCAGUGAUGCCCUCGUCCAGCUGGGCCGUACCGACAAGGCCGAGCCUACGCCCUGGACCCAGGAGCAACUGGGCAAAUACUUUGCGGGGGCGCCAAUAUUCGGCACCAACUCUCUGUGCAAGGCCGAUCGCGCCCGUGCGCUGGGGUGGAAGCCGACGAAGACGAAGAAGGACUUCUUGGACAGCAUCAAGCCCGAGGCGGAGGCGCUCAUCAAGGAGGGACGUAUCGACGAUGCGUUCUGGUUCAAGACCGUAUUCCUUGGAGUACCCAACUAG